AUGUCGAGCGUGGCGGAUGGAUCGAGCAUGAGAGGAAGUUGCAAGAUCGCGGUGGCCCAGAUGACGUCUGUGGGAGACCCGGACGCCAAUUUCAAGACAUGUCAGAGGCUGGCGCAGGAGGCCAAGGACAGUGGUGCGGCCAUGCUCUUCCUCCCUGAAAACUUUGGCUUCCUGGGCCGAUCCCCGGCCGAGUCCCUGGCCCAGGCGCAGCCCCUGGAGGGCCCCCUGAUGGCUCGCUACCGCCAGCUGGCAGCCUCCACGGGCCUCUGGCUGUCCCUAGGCGGGUUUCAGGAGGAGGGCCCCGACGACAGCCACAUCCACAACACGCACGUCGUGCUGGACGACCGGGGUCAAACUGCGGCGGUGUACCGCAAGAUCCAUCUGUUUGACGUGGACGUGCCCAGCGGGCCGGUGCUGCUGGAGAGCCGAUUCACCGCGCCAGGGUCGCAGGCGGUGACCUGCGCCAGCCCCGCCGGCGUCCUGGGCCUGACCACCUGCUACGACCUGCGCUUUCCGGAGCUGUACCAGCACCUGGCGUUUGACAAGGGGGCAGACGUCCUGCUCGUGCCCAGUGCCUUUACAGUGCCCACAGGGAAGGCGCAUUGGGAGAUCCUGCUGCGGGCCCGUGCCAUCGAGACCCAGUCGUACGUGAUUGCCGCGGCGCAGGCGGGGCAGCACAAUGAGAAGCGCGUGAGCUACGGGCACAGCUUGGUGGUCGACCCCUGGGGCACCGUGUGCGGACGACUGCAGGACGGCACGGCCACGGGCAUUGCCCUGGCUGACAUCGACCUGUCCGCGGCCGAUGACAUAAAGGCACGCAUGCCCGUGGGGCUGCACCGGCGCAAGGGGAAGGAGAGGUGGGCCGGCUCCUGA